AUGGAGUUUUCUUCAUCCACCAUCGUCUUCACUUCACUUUCUCUCUUAUCCUUCAUCUUCAUCUUUCGCCGUUUCAAAUCUAACCGUCUCAACCUCCCUCCAGGCCCUCCCGGUUAUCCGAUCGUCGGAAAUCUCUUCCAAGUCGCCGGCUCCGGCAAACCCUUCUUCCAAUACGUCAGAGAAUUAUUACCCAUAUACGGUCCCAUUCUUACUCUCAAAAUGGGUACCCGAACCAUGAUCAUUUUAUCCCAGGCUGAUUUAGUUCACGAAGCUUUAAUCGAAAAGGGUCAGGUUUUUGCGACCCGACCCGCCGAGAAUCCGACUCGUGGUGUGUUCAGUUGCAACAAGUUCACGGUCAACGCCGCCGUGUAUGGGCCGGUGUGGCGGUCGUUGCGACGGAAUAUGGUUCAGAAUGCGCUUAGUGCGAGUAAAUUAAGGACUUUUAAAGAUGUGAGGAUGACCGCCAUGGAUAAGCUUGUGGAGAGGUUGAAGAUGGAGGCGGAGAUGAAUAACGGCGUCGUUUUGGUGCUGAAGAAUGCGAGGUUUGCGGUGUUCUGUAUUCUUCUUGCGAUGUGUUUUGGUGUGGAGAUGGGGGAAGAGACGAUUGAGAAAAUUGACGAGAUGAUGAAAAGGGUUUUGAUUACGUUGGAUCCGCGAUUAGAUGAUUAUCUGCCGAUUUUGCGACCGUUUUUCGCGAAGCAACGGAGGAAAGCCAUGGAGGUUCGCGAGCAGCAGAUCGCGAUGUUGGUUCCGUGGAUCGAACGCCGUCGUAAGGCGAUUCGGAACCUGGGUUCGGAUCCGACCGCGGCGGAGUUUUCGUACCUCGAUACGUUGUUUGAUUUAACGGUGGAGGGACGGAAAGAUCCACCGACCAAUGCGGAGAUCGUGACGUUGUGUUCGGAGUUUCUCAACGGCGGCACCGAUACCACAGCGACAGCGAUCGAAUGGGCGAUUGCGAGGUUUAUCGAAAACCCCAACAUUCAAUCUCGCCUCUACGACGAAAUCAAAUCCGUCGCGGGCGAGAAAAAAGUCGACGAGAAAGACGUCGAGAAAAUGCCGUACUUGAAUGCCGUCGUAAAAGAGUUGUUACGACGUCACCCACCGACGUAUUUCUCGUUGACUCAUUCCGUCAUCGAGCCAGCGAAACUCGCCGGUUAUGAUAUUCCGACGGGAACCAACGUGGAGAUAUACCUUCCUGGAAUCGGAGAGGAUCCGAAACUUUGGAACAACCCGAAUAUGUUCGAUCCAGAUAGGUUUCUCUCCGGCGGCGAAAGUGCAGAUAUGACAGGUGUCACUGGAGUAAAGAUGAUACCGUUUGGAGUUGGCCGGAGAAUCUGUCCAGGGCUGAGCAUGGCGACGGUGCAUGUGAGCUUGAUGAUUGCUCGGAUGGUUCAAGAAUUCGAAUGGCGGUCGUCGCCGGAAAACACGAAGGUGGAUUUCGGCGAGAAAUUGGAGUUCACGGUGGUGAUGAAAACCAGUCUCCGAGCGACGAUCAAGACUAGGGUUUGAGGUUGAGGAUGACGUUACGGUAUUAAUUUAAGUUUGAUGUAUUUUUUUUUAUUAUAUAUU